CCCCUCCCGGCUGUGCCCGGCUCUCCUCCGCGGCUGCGGCUGCUCGGCCAUGGCGGAGCUGAGCGCCGAGCGGCUGCGGGCGCUGCCCGGCAGCUGGAGUUACGGGAUCAGCCAGGGCGGCCGCGUCUUCUUCAUCAACGAAGAGGCGAAGAGCACGACCUGGCUGCACCCGCUCACCGGCGAGGCCGUGAUCACCGGGCACCGCCGCAGCGCAGACUUACCCACAGGUUGGGAGGAAGCCUAUACUUUUGAAGGUGCAAGAUAUUAUGUAAAUCAUAAUGAACGAAAAGUAACCUGCAAACAUCCAGUGACAGGACAGCCAUCACAGGACAACUGUAUUUUUGUUGUGAAUGAGCAGACUGCUGCAGCAAUGUCAUCUGAAGAAAAGAAGGAGCGACCAGUAAGCAUGAUAUGUGAAGCAACUAACUAUAAUCUGACAUCAGAUUAUGCUGCUCAUCCAAUGAGCCCUGUGGGCAGAACAUCACGAUCUUCAAAGAAGGUUCAUAAUUUUGGGAAGAGAUCGAACUCCAUAAAGAGAAAUCCUAAUGCACCAGUUGUCAGACGAGGCUGGCUCUACAAACAGGACAGCACUGGAAUGAAGCUGUGGAAGAAGCGCUGGUUUGUGCUCUCAGAUCUGUGUCUCUUCUAUUACAGAGAUGAGAAGGAAGAAGGAAUCCUGGGGAGCAUACUUCUGCCUAGUUUCCAGAUAUCUGUGCUGUCUGCUGAGGACCACAUUAACCGCAAAUACGCCUUUAAGGCAGCUCAUCCAAACAUGAGGACCUAUUAUUUCUGCACAGAUACAGGGAAGGAAAUGGAGUUGUGGAUGAAAGCCAUGAUAGAUGCAGCACUUGUGCAAACAGAGCCUGUGAAAAGAAUAGAGAAGUUCACUGUUGAAAACACAUCACCUCGAGAGGCAAAUAACAUUUCAAACCACCGGGUGCUAAUUAAGCCAGAGGCACAAAACAACCAGAAAAACAAAGAAGUGAACAAAAACGAGGAGAAGAAAGCCUUGGAAGCUGAGAAAUACGGGUUCCAGAAAGUCGGGCAAGAUAAGCCAUUAACAAAAAUUAACAGUGUGAAGCUGAACCCUUUGGGAUCCGAGUACAGGACUUUGCCCAUAAGCACAAUUCCAGGUGGGCACUUCAGGCCUGUCCAUUUGAAUGGCUCUGAGAGUAAAUCCAUGGGAGUUGUGCUGGCGGAUGCCGGCGAUGGGGCGCAUCACAACGCGGUGCCGGCGCACGCCGAGUCCGAGCGGGUCAUGCAGAGAACCAACUCCAUGCUGCAGCUGGAGCAGUGGAUUAAAAUCCAGAGGGGGAAAGGACAGGAGGAGGAAACAAGAGGCAUAAUCUCCUACCAGACGCUGCCGAGGAACAUGCCAAGCCACCGAGCUCAGGUGCUGCCCCGCUACCCAGAGGGGUACAGGACGCUGCCAAGGAACAGCAAGACACGUCCAGAAAGCCUCUGCGGCGUCGCUCCCUCGGCGUACGACAGAGCCGCGGGACCCGCCAGCGCCGAGGACAAGCGGCGCUCCAUGCGCGACGACACGAUGUGGCAGCUCUACGAGUGGCAGCAGCGCCAGUUCUACAGCAAGCAGGCCACUCUCAGCAGGCACGGCACCCUGAGCAGCCCGAAAACCAUGAUCAACAUCUCCGAUCAGACCAUGCACUCCAUUCCCACGUCGCCCUCGCACGGCUCCAUCGCCGGUUUCCAGGGAUACUCGCCGCAGCGGGCGUACCGCUCGGAGGUGUCGUCGCCGGUGCAGAGGGGAGAUGUAACCAUCGACCGCAGGCACAGGACACACCACACAAAGCAUGUCUUUGUGCCUGACAGAAGGUCGAUGCCAGCAGGUCUGAGUUUACAGCCUGUUACUUCUCAGAGCCUCCAAGGCAAAACACCGGAGGAGCUGACGCUGCUGCUCAUAAAGCUGAGACGGCAGCAGGCGGAGCUGAGUAGUAUCCGGGAGCACACACUAGCACAGCUCAUGCAGCUAAAGCUUGAGGCCAGCAGCCCAAAGUUAACACAAGAAGAAUGUAGGGGUACACUAUACAAAUAUAGAACUGAAGAGCUGGACAUUGAUGCUAAGCUUAGCCGUUUAUGUGAACAGGAUAAAGUCGUGCAAGCACUGGAGGAGAAGCUCCAACAGCUACACAAGGAGAAAUACACGCUUGAGCAAGCUUUGCUAUCAGCAAGCCAGGAGAUAGAAAUGAAUGCAGAUAACCCAGCAGCCAUACAGAAUGUCAUCCUGCAGAGGGAUGACCUGCAGAACGGACUGCUCAGCACUUGUCGGGAGGUGUCCCGAGCCACUGCAGAACUGGAAAGAGCUUGGAGAGAAUAUGAUAAAUUGGAGUAUGAUGUAACUGUAACAAGGAACCAUAUGCAAGAGCAGCUCGAUCGGCUUGGAGAAAUCCAGACUGAAUCAGCAGGGAUACAGCGUGCUCAGAUUCAGAAGGAGCUGUGGAGAAUUCAGGAUGUCAUGGAGGGUUUACUUAAACAUAAACAGCAAAGAAGCUCUUCUGAGGCAGGCAUCAUGAUAUCAAGGACAUUUUCUUCCAUUAAAUAUAAAAAUGAGGAAGAGGAAGUAGUCCCACCUCGUCCUCCACUCCCUCGGUCCUAUGACUUUACAGAGCAUCCUCCCAUAAUCCCCCCUCUGCCCAGUGAUAGCAGCUCCUUGCUCUGUUAUAGCAGGGGCCCAGUACAUCUGACAGAAGAAAAGAAGAUGUACCAAGUUCAAGGAUAUCAGAGAAAUGGAUCUUACUGUGGUCCUGAUUAUAGGCUUUAUAAGAGUGAACCCGAGUUAACUACAGUAGCAGAAGUGGAUGAGUCUAAUGGUGAAGAAAAAACAGAACCAGUUUCAGAAUCAGAAUCUUCUGCUAAAGGCUCGCAUUUCCCUGUGGGAGUUGUACCACCCAGAACCAAAUCUCCAAUGCCAGAGUCCUCAACAAUAGCAUCCUAUGUCACUUUGAGGAAGAAUAAGAAGAUAGAUCUAAGAACGGAAAGACCAAGGAGUGCAGUGGAGCAGCUGUGCCUUGCAGAAGGCUCACGGCCUCGAAUGACUGUGGAGGAACAGAUGGAAAGAAUAAAGAGGCACCAACAAGCUUGUCUGAGAGAGAAGAGGAAAGGACUCAAUAUUAUUGGUGUUUCAGAGCAGUCUCCCUCCCAGAGCUCGUCCUGUGUCAGGGAUAAUCCACUCAAACUGGCACAGAAUCGGAAAAAGGAUGAUACAGUAUCUGGUAACAUGAAGGAGUUAGAGAGCACCAGCAGAGAAGAUCAUUUGAAACAAAAUAACAGAAGUCCUGGAGAAGAAAUAGCGCAACUCAAAAAUGAUGGCGAUCAAGAACAUAAUUCAAGUUUUGCUAAAGAGCUGUCAAAAACUGAUGAUCUUUUAUCAGAUGCACAUGUUGUAUCUGACUCAAAAGAAGGGAGUAAUGAAGAGAAAGCAGAAAAGAAAAAUAAAUUGGAAGAAACACAUGAUGGUGAUAUAAGCAGCUUGCAGAGUGUGACCACAGUUGCAAACCACAAACCCAAAAGCAGCUCAGAAGAAAGUGAAAUACUCAGUGUUCAAGAACAAGAAGGGAUUGUGUCUUCAUUUGAAUUAGCAGCACAGUCUUCAAAAGGAAAUCAGGCAGCAGCAGUGAAAAGUUUGCCUUCCUCACCAGAAUCGUCCUUGUCACCAGCUCCAUCCACACAGACACAGCUCACAGAGGGAUCCCAUUUCAUCACUAAUGGCUUCUGUUGAAACAAUUCAUGCCUGAGAUGUAUGGACCUGACCUAUGAAAAUAUGAGAAGAUAUUGUACAGUAUAUUUUAAAUCUAUGAAAUUCAUAGUUCUGAUGCUUUCGGCCACAGAGCAUCGUUUUAUCACUUCCUGGAAAAUGUUUAUUCCAAGAGAGCUUUAAAUGGCCCACGUGUACACUCAACAACCUUCAGAUCGUUCUCCUGAUACCAGCUUGCUGCUACGAUUUCUGUGCACAUAAAACAAAGGCUCUUUCUAAUGUGCAGCCUACAGUCAGAACUUCAUUUGCUGUUCUUCAGAAUUUAAUGUUCUUUUAAUGAUGGAUCAUAUAAGUUUACUUUUUUUGCUUCUUUUAGAUGCAUAACUCGGUUAAUUUUACAUAUCACCACUAAACCUUGUUUUACAUUUUUUAAGCAUUACGAUUUAUUGUUUUAACAAUUUGUUUGUAAAAUUUUUAUAUAUAUAUACAUAUAGAUAUAUUUAAAAUGUGCCAUUUUUAUUAUUGCUUAGUAAGAGAUGUCCUGUUUCUGCUGUAAUGAUUUCUUGGUCAGGUUGCAAUGUCAGCAGUUACUGCCACACUUCUGUCAACAUAGACAUUAAUGUUAGUGGUUCCUUUCUCUUGACUAAAAUGGAGUGUAGGUAUUUUGAGGUACUGGGCUUUUCCUUCAUGGGGUUGGGGUGUGUACAGCAAUAAGCAGGUUUUCAAUCCAGUACUUAGUUUGUGUACAAAUGUAAUUAUGUUCAUUGUGUAUAUAUUAUACAAUGAGCACAUACGAUGUAAGUAUAAGAAGCCACUUAUUAUUGUUCAAAUACGAAUGUUCAUAUCCCAUUUCUUUUAUAUCAUAUUAAAUAAAUGUUGAUGUUCUUAAGGACUUGUAUGGUUAGUAUUUCUUCCAGCAAACAGAUGUCACACUGUGUUCCACCUUUUGAUGUGGGGAAUGCAACAAUUCCUACCCCAUUGGCAACGUCACCUGUCAACCAGAGUAGCAGUGACAGACUCUUAAGAGAUCCCAGUCUUCCUCUUUGGGAAAGAAUUAAGGCUGCAGCACAGAACAAAAACAGACAACCUGAGACUGAGAUGCAAGAAAUACAGGUUCAGCUCCUGGCUCUCCCAGACUUGUGUUGUGAUACUGGAAUAAUCACUUAGUCAUUCUGCUCCUCCAUUCCCUGCCUGUUUACACAGGAGGUAAUAGCCUGUCUUAGUGGGGUGUGGUGAGCAGUGAUUCAAUAUUUGCAAACAUUGAUUGCCAAGUUCAGGGGGGUUAAGGAGAGAAGUGUGAGGAUUCCUGGAGGCACCUGCAUAGCAACUGAAAGGAAACCUGAAAUAAUCUGUCAAGUGUUGUCACACUACAGAUGUUACCAGCUUUGCUGUUCCUUCUCGCACAGCUGCCUGAUUUUGCCUGAGACAAAAGAGGGUUAGAAAAGAAUUAAGAGAAACAAAAAUAUUUCAAGGAAAGCUUUUGAAUCUUAGGAUGUAAAGCUAAGGAAUCUUUUGCAGGUUCAGGCAACUGCUGUGUGCUUCAGUGCAUGUGUAUGCCAUAAGUGGUAAGGCAAGUUUCACAGCAAGGCAGCUGCCAGCUCCUGUUGUGCUUUUUUUUUUUUUAAUCAUAAAAAUCAUAUCCUGAUCAAGAUAACAUUGCUGUUCUAGAAGUUAUAUAACUCAUUGUGCUUUUCCACAGAGGAGUACCUGAUACUGUCUCACAGUUUGAACUGACUUCACCAUUGCCCCUCUCCCCACGUAGGAGUUUGUGUUAGUUGCAUUUUUCUGGCACUCCCAGCUCUGCCGCCUGUUCUUCCUGGUGCUCUUUGCCACAAAGAUGCAGAGUAUGUUGUCUGGCUACCUGUUGUCCUGCCAUUUUCUCUGAAAAGGAAAAAAAAAAAAAAAUAGGGAUUAGAAUUCAGCAGCAGAGCCUGGAGGGGUUACAGUGGGAGAGGUGGCUGAAGGAAAGAUGAAUGAUGAUGCAGGCAUACAGCAUUGAGCUGAAAAGUUACCACAUCAUCCCCUUUUUUUUGGAACAGCAGCCCCAGAUUAGUGCAUCCUUCCAUGCAAAAGACAGAGCAAAGAAGAGGAAUGUCAUUUUAUUGCACAACCAACCAAGGCUUAAGUUCAGCAGCAUCACUGGAACACCUGAGGCAAAGCAAAUAGGACACACCCUGUUCUCUCCCUAACCCUUCUAGAGAGAUCUGUUUGCUGUCAGGUUUUGCAAUCUCUUUCUGCCCUUGCUGCCAAGAAAAGAAUUGCAACCAAUAAAGGAAAGAAUGACUAAGUGAUUUUUGGACAUUUAUAGAUGUUGCCUGUGUCUAAAGCACUUGUUGGUUUGGUAUAUCUGCAAGGAUUGUGCAGUUUAUAAUGGAGCUGGGGAAGAAUGAGCAGGUUUUGCUGAACUGCUGGCAAAGACAGCAAAGGUGAAUGAUGCAGGAAUGUAGUAAUGAUCAUAGACUAUAAUUUCACUUCCUGUGGGCACUUGCUGCAAAGACUUGGAGUUUCAUUGGGUGCUCUAUUUUUUUGUCUUAUGGAAAAAAAAAUAAUAAAUGUAUGGCUUUGUGUUAUCACAGAGCAUUUACUGUUUCUUACCUCAUCAGAAUAACUCAUCCCAGUGAUCGUACUCCUGAGAUAUAGAAAUAUCAGAAUACUGAUAUGGUCAGCCUUCAAACAUCUAUUUUAAGUUUGUAUCUUAGGAUAUUUUUAUAUUUCUGACUGAUUGCUUUAUUGGCUAUUGCACUGACACUUGUAUAUAUGGAACGUGCUUUUUUUUCAAAAGCAAGAGUCCUUAGGAAUAAUGCAACACAUUCUCUACAGAUGUUCAUGCUUUUCAGAACCAAUUACAUCUAUUUUUGUCUUUUGUUCACCAUUUGCAUUGUUCCAAGGCUACUAGAGAAUGUGAAUCUUUAAAGUCCCUUAAUAAAGUGACAUUACUGAAAAAGUUA